AUUCCUGCUUCAGUAAAAUACAUUUUCUUUUGCAUGUCGCUUUCUUUGGCAAAUCGCACGCUCUAAGUUGCAAAUAUGAGUGUCAGCCUCGAUGUUAGGCUUAAGCGUGCGAACAAGGUUUACCAUGAAGGGGAUGUACUGGCUGGAGUGGUGGUGCUCGUGAGCAAGGAGGCAGUGCAGCACCAGGGGAUAUCUCUAACCAUGGAGGGGGUUGUCAAUCUGCAACUCAGCUCGAAAAGUGUUGGAGUCUUUGAAGCAUUCUACAAUUCCGUUAAGCCUAUCCAACUAAUUACCAGCAAUAUAGAAGUUGUCAAACCGGGAAAAGUUCCCAGUGGUAAAACUGAGAUCCCCUUUGAGUUUCCUCUCAAUGCAAAAGGAAACAAGUUGCUUUACGAAACUUACCAUGGAGUCUUUGUCAACAUCCAGUACACACUACGCUGUGAUAUGAAGCGCUCCCUCUUGGCCAAGGACUUAACCAAGACCUGUGAGUUCAUGAUCCACUGCCAGCCACAGAAAGCAAAAGUAUUACCAACGCCAGUAGAUUUCACGAUUACUCCGGACACACUGCAAAAUGUUCGAGAGAGGACGUCGCUCCCCAAGUUCUUAUUAAGGGGUAACCUUCACGCCACCAACUGUGUGAUCACGCAGCCUCUGACGGGAGAGCUGGUGGUGGAGAGCUCCUCUGUGCCCAUCAAGAGCAUCGAGCUGCAGCUCGUCAGAGUCGAGACAUGCGGCUGUGCUGAGGGCUACGCACGAGAUGCAACCGAGAUCCAGAACAUCCAGAUAGCCGAGGGUGACGUGUGCCACGGCCUCCCCAUCCCGAUCUACAUGGUCUUCCCACGCCUCUUCACCUGCCCCACCCUCGAAACCACCAACUUCAAAGUCGAGUUUGAAGUGAAUAUUGUGAUUGUGCUCCAUGACGACCACCUCAUCACUGAGAACUUCCCCCUCAAACUCUGCAGAGUGUGACUUAUCGACCAAUGGGCAAAACAGCCUCACUCAUGUGUCAAAACGACGGCCAUUUAAUUGUGUAUAUUAUGAUGGUCAGUUAAUCGUAAUGAGUCGUUAGAUGUGAAUCAGUAGUCCCCAUUGACUGCGGGUGGAUGCUGAUGGUACAGUAGGAUGGAGAACAGGAAAAAGAAAUGCAGCGUGAACUGAGUGAUGAACUGGUACCCAUCCCAGGCUGGGGAAGAGAGAGAGAGAGAGAGCUUUCAGUUUAAUUGCCAUAUGCCUCAUUUAAUUCAUUUUAAUUACAGAUUAGCUCUUGGAUCUAUGGUUGUAUUCUAAUUGUUCUCUCCUACAGACAGCGGAAGGUGGUCAUAAACAACAGGACUAUAUACAUUGAUUCCAUUUACCAUUGAUUCAAACCAACUGUCUCCUUUCAUCUGAUUUCACCAAAAUAGUAUAUCAACUGUUGCGCUUAGUUUUACAAAGAAUGUAAUGAUGUUGGUAAGACUUUGGAAUAUCCUCUAAAUAGUGAAAACACAGGACAUCUAAUUGCAGCCCAAAUGAGAAAAGUUGUAUUCAACUUGACUUCUUUUGAAGCAACCAUGGCCAGGACAAAUGAGAAUCUUCAUGGACAUUUUUUGCCCAUCUUCUUGGUGCACAGAUAUGUACCGCAUCAUCACUGAGUGCACUCCAAUAUGCACACUCCUGUCCUCCACUUGUGCUUGUGGCCUCGCCCCGCACCCCCUUUAUGGAGAAAACAAUAGUUUCCCAGCUGUCAGCUUAGCCACAACAACUUUUGAGGGACUGUUUUUCAUACACCAUCCCAAUACAAUUGCAAAUGAGAAAAUGACAUUAGAACUGUGCUUUUGCAAGAUAUUUAAUUAAUUUUGUUGUCAGUGACUGGACCGUCUGUUCAGUGUGUUAUAGUAUUUAACUUGCAGGAGAGCAUGUAUCAAAAGAUUCAGCCAGGACCAUGGACUGUGCCUUUGUUGCUUUUCAGCACCCAGGCUGACUAGCAUGUUGUGACCACAUUGUGUAUAUGUAUUUUAUUUCAUCUAUUAAAACACCUUUUCCACCUUUUUGAGAUGAA